AUGACGCCGACAUCAGCCCUGCUCCUUGCCUUUCUUGGCCUGUGCGCCCUGAGCACCGUCGAUGCCGCAGUGCCCCUAGUGACGAAAAUCGUCUUCUUCAACUCUUCAUACACAGACGCUAACCACAAAGCCGAAACGGGUGACGACAAGUACAGUGUCGAACUGCGCGAAUGGAACACCUUCGGCCGCAGUUAUCCCUUUGGUGGAUGCUCUGGCAACAUGUACGGAUUUGAUGAAAACUGCACAAUCACGGCGCUCGCGGGUGACGACGCGGGCAAAUUCUGGGAAUCGACUGACUUUUUCCUGCGCAUCCGAAUCAAGAGCAGCCUGAUGCCCGAUAAGGAAGCCGUCCGAUGGCAUCGGCUUGGACAAGCAGUCAAAGAACAGUGUCCGGCACUACGUCGGAUCGCUGAAGGUCGGCGACCA